AUGGCGGCGGACGAGCGGCGGAACGGUGAUUCGGCGAGUCACAACCACCGUGCUCCGAAGAAGCCACGCUUGGCUGAGUUAUUAACCGAGUCGGAUAUCCAAUCCGAGUUCUCUCACCACCAGACUGGUGUUGCCAGAAUCAACAACGGUAGCUUCGGUUGUUGUCCCGGCUCCGUCCUCGAUGCACAGCGAGAGUGGCAGCUUCGUUAUCUCCGUCAACCAGACGAGUUUUACUUCAAUGGUCUCCGUCGUGGAUUGCUCGCUUCUCGAAAUGUGAUCACUGACCUGAUUAACGCCGAUCAUGUCGACGAGGUCUCGCUCGUUGAUAACGCGACUACAGCUGCAGCUAUUGUUCUUCAGAAAAUCGGACGGUGUUUCGCCGAAGGAGAGUAUCAAAAGGAAGACACUGUAGUGAUGUUUCACUGUGCGUUUCAGAGUGUGAAGAAGUCGAUUCAGGCUUAUGUUUCUCGCGUUGGAGGUUCUACUGUUGAGGUUAGGUUACCUUUCCCUGUGAAUUCGAACCAAGAGAUUAUCUCGGCGUUUAGACAAGGAUUAGAGAAAGGUAGAGCAAAUGGUAGAACGGUUAGGUUAGCUAUCAUUGAUCAUAUAACGUCCAUGCCGUGUGUUUUGAUGCCGGUACGAGAAUUGGUUAAAAUCUGCAGAGAAGAAGGUGUGGAGCAGGUUUUUGUUGAUGCAGCUCAUGCUAUUGGUAGUGUUAAAGUUGAUGUUAAAGAAAUCGGAGCUGAUUACUACGUGAGUAAUCUGCAUAAAUGGUUCUUUUGUCCUCCGUCUGUCGCGUUUUUCUAUUGCAAGAAACAUAGUUCCGAGUCUGAUGUUCAUCACCCUGUGGUGUCUCAUGAGUUUGGAAAUGGUUUGCCUAUAGAGAGCGCCUGGAUUGGGACUAGGGAUUACAGUCCGCAGCUUGUGGUUCCGUCUGUGAUGGAUUUUGUAAACAGGUUCGAGGGAGGGAUCGAAGGGAUAAUGAAUAGAAACCAUGACGAGGCUGUAAGAAUGGGGUUAAUGCUAGCUAAUGCUUGGGGAACGAAUCUCGGGUCACCUCCUGAAAUGUGUGUUGGGAUGGUUAUGAUUGGUUUACCUUCAAAACUAUGUGUUGAAAGCGAUGAAGAUGCUACUAAAUUGAGGUUGUAUCUGCGGGUGCAUCGUUCAGUGGAGGUUCCGGUUUAUUUUCUUGCAUUGAGGGAUGGCGAGGAAGGUGUGAAAGACAAAGACAGUGGGAUAAUCACUGCGUAUGUUCGGAUUUCUCGUCAGCUUUAUAACAAAACCGAGGAUUAUGAGAGAUUGAGAGACGCAAUAAACGAGUUAGUCAAGGAUCAGAUAACUUGUCAAAACCUUCCUUGA